CUGAAUGGCAAUGGCCUGCUAUAGCUCCGUACGUACGCGUCAAAAUGGGCAAAAUAUCCAGUUGACGCAGUGAAUUUACAGCGUUAUGUAAAACGCGACAGGACUGAUAGUUAAAGGAUUUGAAUAGAAGGUCUCUAUAAUUGUAAAACGGUGAAGUUAAGAGAGAGUCAGAGUUUUAGUCGCGAAUGGCUUUCGACUCAGUGGGCAGCGACAGAGCCGGAGGAGAGGCUGCGUGGAUCAUGCAUCAGCAUAUGCAGUCCGAUCCCAAGUCCUCCUGGCCUGCAGGAUACAACUCAGAAAACAAUAACUGGAAUAACGGCAUGGAAUCACCGUAUCCUGGCUACCCCAACUAUUGGUACCCCCAUUCGCAGACAGCGGGACCGUACAGCAACACAUACCCACCUGGAACGGAGGUGAACGGACAAACUCCAUACAAUCCCCAGGCAAUGUCUGCCUGUCCCAACGGAGUGUACAAUCCUGGACAAUACCCAUCGAAUAUGCUACAUCCUUCAAACCAGUUCUACUGCAGCGAUCAGGUUCCUUCAAGACAACCUCAGUAUCACAACCAGUCCUGCUCUGAUCAAAACGUAGGGGGCUCAGCUCCUCCCCCUUAUCCUGUGGCACACUGUCAAGCGGCUCCUGGCUACCCUCCAGGAUCUUAUCAACAUUAUGGAGAGGGAUGCACCCCUAAUCCGCCCUACACCAACCAGCAGCCUAUGCUCACGAGACCCCAGCACGAGGCCUGGUCCCAUUCUGGAGGAUAUGGGGCCACAACUCCCCAACAGCAAUGGCCGCACAAUACCCAGACACCCCAUGGGCACUAUGGUAACCACCAUGUACGACCACCUCACCCUCCGCCAUGGCAAAGACCUGCACCACCUCCAUAUGAACACAAGGAACCACCCUAUCCCAGCCAGCCUCACAUGCAUCCUCGAAACCAACCACGUUCCAGUACCCCAACCGUCCCUCCGACCAAAUCUGCCCAAUUUUGUGCUCCGCCCCAAAUCUACAACAAGACUCCGUCUGGAAGCGAACCCAAGGGGGGUGCCGAUCCCAAACCGGCCCAGAGCGAACAACCUCCAGCACCUUCCCGUCCAGGGUCGUCCGCCCCAGCCCCACUCAGUGAUAAUCCCAGCCUGGCUCGUGUCCAGCAGGUUCUGGCCAGAGUCCAGCUUCUUCUAGAGGAUGUGGAUGAGUUUGUGGGGAAAAAGACGGACAAGGGCUACCGGUGUCUGGAGGAGCUUUUGACGAAAGAGCUACUGGAACUCGACUCUGUAGAGACGCAAGGGCAGGACGCCGUUAGACAGGCACGUAAAGAGGCCGUUCAGAGGAUCCAGGCGAUCUUGGACCAUCUAGAGAAAAAGGCUUUCUGAAGGGUGGAUUGAUUGUGGUUCUGGUCACAUUGAUUUGUUGUUUUUGAUUUAUUUCUCGGUUUAGGAUCUUCAGGGUUUCCCAGUCAGUCGCUUAAAUUGUCCAAUAGUGUGUGUUGUUUUCUGGUUGUCCACUCUUAUCAUUGCAGUGCCAUACUCUUACCAGCCUUCUGCCAUCCAGCAAAGGAGCUAUGGUUGUCUGACAUCUGCUGUAAUAUGUAAAUCUCUGCCCUUGCAUGUCAUUGUCUUUUUUCUUUAAGACAGUCCAAAAAAGAUAAAAACUGCAAAUUUGAGCAGCAAGGGAUCAGAGCUUCCAUUAUUUCCUUUGCACUUGAUUUUGACAGUAUUGUUUACUACUGCUACUACAAAAUGACAUCCUCGAUUUGAAUAAAAAAAAACAUCUUGGUUGAUAAAAAAGUUAGGUUAGUCAUUUGGUAACUAUUUCAGUCUUUUAUUUUAAUUUGUAAUAUUCGUGUUUUUCUUCAUUGACUUGUAUUUAACUCUCACAUGCAAGUUUUUGAUCUUGCUCAUUGGUCUGUUCUGACUAAACUGAAUUUAACAAACAAACAGGUUUGACAGAUCAUAGACGAGCACUCGCACUGCCAUCAGAUCCACAAUUCAUCUCACCUGCUAACAUUUGUCCUUGUCUGCAUAUGGAUUUUCAAGAAAUCAUCAUUGGGGUUGUGUGGCUUUUUAGUCUGUUUGUCAUGUACUGUAUAUUGUAGAGUAGUCAAUCUUCCAGGGUCAUGGACCAAAAAUGUAUUUUUCAAUGGUAACUGCUGACAAGCAAUAGCAAAAGCAAAUUGUGGUUUUGGCUCUAAUGUAACUGAAAAAGAAUAUUUAAUAAAAAAGAGCAAGCUCUUUUAUGCAGUAUGUCCGCACUUCCUGUUUCAAGGGGUAAAAAUUAUAUUCGUUAAACCAUUUCAAGUGUAUUGCAUUGCAUUAGCAGCACAACAGGUUGUUGGUGAAGGGACACAAAUAUAGAUAAAAAAUGUAGGCCACACCUUCAAUGUACUAUACAUCACUUUGGAUAAAAGUGUCUGCUGAAUGCACAAAUGUCCUUUAAUGGGGUCUUUGCGGUUCAAUUAAAACUAAACUUCACAUCAACCAUUCUUCAUACAGUGCUCUGUCACUUUCUUUGUACACCUGCAUCUCACCUUACAGUAUAAAUCUAUAUUAACAUAAUUCAGCAUUUCUUAAGAUUUGGGGGAUUUUGUUUGUUUUCUUUGACCUUGUUAGUGGGACUAUUGAUCAGAAGCUGAUCCAGUGGAUACAGGCGGUGAUUACAUAUUAACAUGCCAAAUCUAUGGGCCUCACUACAUUGUUAUAGUUUAAUAGGCAUUUUUAACAAAAGAGGUUAAAGAAUAAUGUACAGUUCAUAUCUGAGGGACUGGAGUGAGGAUGUGGAUUAUGGACAGACCAUCAAAUGAAGGACCAAGUUCCCUUUAAUUCAACACAUUUAAUACUUUGCACCAAAGUCACAGACACCCUGGACCGAUCAACAGGUCUGGCUCCUACAACAAGGAUUUUAUUUCUUUUUUAUAACAAGGAAAAAAUGUGCCAUAAUAUCAGCAGGUGCUUUUUCAUAUCACAAGUAUAUCAAAUAUAUGUAAAAAACAGUAAAUUCACUGAGCUCUGCAUGAAGUGUUAAAUUACAUGUUUAUCUUAAUUAUUUUAUCUCUCCCUGUAAUUUACAUCUUGAUAUGUAUACCCAAAUUUGUUUGUUAGAUUAACUUUUACAGGAAAAGUAUACUUGUUUUAGGAACAUAUAGAAAAUGCUCAAAACAGGAAGCAAAAACUUGCCUGAAGUCCCCGAUGUAAUGCAUGAUUUUGAACACAAGAUGGGGAUGUUUCUCAAUAAUGUAUGAUAAAAUAAGUAGAGUUUCUCAUUAAAAAACAAUAUAAAUCGUAUUGUGGUUUUGGUUUACAACAUACAUUUCCAAAAAGCACCAUAUAUAUAUAUAUAUAUGCUUUUUUAUUAUUUAACGAUAUUUUUCAAUAAUUGUAAUGAAUAGGUUGAAAUGAUUGUCAAAAUACUUCUGAUAACGACCCAGCAGCUGGGAAAGUGUAAAGUUAUAACCACAGUCUGAUCUUGAUGUCUAUGCUGUAUUUAAUUAAGGCUCAGAAACCGGUAAACCUUUUGUUUCUAUGGAAAUCUUAGUCACGUCAUUACUGUGGUUGAUAAUGUCCUGUACUACAAAAUACAUGCAAUACUGUAUGCUUACGGUAUUACGGCCUUAUGUGAUUUAGAUCUAUACAUCAUAACACAUCUAAACCACACUCAAUUUAAUAAACAGAACUAC